AUGGGGCAGAAGAAGCCGAAGCUCAGCAAGGAGGAGCGGAAGGCCAGGAGGCUGGCGCGGCGGGAGGCGGCGCGCCUCAGGAGGAUCCAGCGAGAGAUACAGGCAAAGAAGACUCGAAACAAUGAACAUAAAUUUGCCCACAGACAAGAGUGUUCCUUUCAGGACUGGCUGGACAGAGAGACCAGGGCCACCGAGAUGAACGCGGUGGUCAUCAAGCGGAAGUGGAGGGACAUCAUGCGGAGGCUACGCGCCCCGCAGCUCCACGACGACUUUGUGGCGCUGCGGCUGCGGACGGAGCGCCUCCUGGACAUGAAGAGAGCGAUGAUUGAGGAGCUGCGGGAGGCCCUGGACCAGGCCAACGACCAGUACGACGAGAACCUUCAGCACCACGUCGAGACCGUGGACAGGAUGCUUGAGUUCUACCAAGGCGAGAUGGCCGCGGCGGCCGGCUGGUACCGCGCCGCCCUGGCCGCGCUGGGCGAGGAACUGGCGGACCAGAAGGCGCUCGUCCGCGAGCACCAGGAGCGCGACGUCGGCCACCUCGAGGUCAUCAUGUUCGCCAUGCAGCAGCGUCGGAAGGAGGUGGUGGCGCAGCGGUGCGCCGAGACUACCGUCAAGGUCGACGAGGAGGCCUCCAAGGGCGUGGAGCGGUGCCAGGUGCUGCAGAUGGGGCUCGAGGCGUCGCUAGAGCGCGUCUGGGCCGACCUCCGCACGGAGCUGGAGCAGCACCAGCAGCGGCACGCCGAGCGGCGGGCCGCCGUCGCCAAGCUGAGGGCCAAGGAGCAGGCCGAGCACCGCGUCAUCGCCGAGCAGAAGCGCCGCACCCGGCAGCUCAGCCGCCAGAUCGAGGAGGGCGUGGAGCUGAUGCGGGGCUGGGACACGGCGGAGCCUGGCGGCGCGUCGGCGUCCUGGGCCGAGCUCCGCGCGCUGCGCCUCGAGCGCGACGAGUUCCGCGCCGCGUACCUCGCGCUGCGCGACGCCAUGGACGGCCAGCGGCAGCACGACCGGAAGCAGCUCAGCCACAUGGUGGUGCUGGCCGAGGCCGGCGUCAAGCGGCUGAGGGAGGUGGCGGUGUGUGGCGAGAAGAUCCUGGCGCUGUCGUGCUUGUGCAACACGCUGGAGACGGACGAGGAGCGGCGCGUCUACCCAGAGGACGUCGGUGGUGCGGACGCCGGCCGCGACGAGUGGCUGGCCAGCUACUGGGUGCGCGGUGCGGUGGACCGCAGGGACCCCUGGACCAUCCGGGACGCGCUCGGCCCGGCCGCGUCGCUGGACGAGCUGCCCGCCGAGGAGAGUCACACCUGCUUCACCAACGACGGCGACGACCUGGCCGCCGAGGUGGACCGCGAUGACGGCAGUAAAGAGGACGAAGAAGAGAAAAUUGCGGAGCGGAGGAGGGAGGCCCUGCUGCGCGCCGCUCAGCAGGCCGACAGCGAGGACGAGGAGGACUUCAUCGUGGAGACUUCAGAUCUUCCAUCUCGUAGUUAA